CAGUAAAUGAGUUUUACGAAGGUUGUGUUGUUUGGUUUUGUUGUGAAAUUUAAGGAAUCUCUUCCCUCCUUAUCUUCGUUAUUCUGCCAUAGCAGAGGAGGAACCGCGGCGCACAGUAAGGAAAAAGGAGCCGUUAUCUCCAUGCUAACUCUAGCUAAGUUAGAGAGAACUUAUCUCUUUCUCUCUCCUCAACAUUCAAUUUGGUAUGUCUCCUGCUGACCAUGCUAACUUGUGGAUAACUGAGGCCAAGCAGAUGGUUUGUCCAGUAAAUUGCCAUUACAAUUGUUUUAUAAGAGACAGUAGAUGGACGUGUCAUGAUGCAAUUUCAAGGGUGAAGCCUCGAUUUCCACCAUCAAAUAGCGGACUUGACAAACAUUAUGGAGGGACUUCGGGAAGGAUAUACACAACGAGGCCUAAAACUCAUUUACAAGGUUCAUUAACGCAGGAGCAGCAGCUUCCUGUUCAACCUUCUAUAACUGCCUUGUCUAGAGAUCAAGAAGACAUUGUGGAAUACAGUGAGAGUGAUUCCUUGCCUGAUAAACCCUUCUUAGAUGAUGUUAUUGUUUCCAAUGGAUACUACUAUAGAAGCGAAAAUGCAGUUUGUUUGACUGAUGAGAGGACCAAAUUUACUGAAAGGAACCAGUUUGUGGAGGAGCCCUGGCUAUUGCAGUCGUAUACUACCUCUCACUAUAAUGAAGAAGACUUCGAUGUUAACAUGGAUUUAACGAAUGAAGUAGGAAUUUCAAAUUUUCUUCCAAGUGUUUAUUCUGAGUCACAACCAUCAUCAAAUGAUUUUAGAUAUGGUGAUGAUUCCAGAAGUGAAAUUUUGUAUCAUCAAGCUGGUGAACACUUCAGUUCAUUCUGGUCACACUCUGAGAGAAGCCAUCCUGUUGAGGAGCCCUGGUUGCUAUAUCCAAUGCUCGAUCCUUCAGAAACUGAUGUGACUUCAGCUAUUGGAUCUCCUACCAUCAAGGAGCGUACUGAAGCUGAGGCACGUCUUUUGGAUCUUCAGGAACAGCACCAUCAAAUUUCAGAGAAGCUGCUCUCUGGAACAGAGAGUAAUCUGCUUCCACCAGUGGGUUCAGUCUCUACUGAGAUAUUAAUCAACUGCUCUAUCUGUACCAUGCAAAGGAUAGCUGUACUUGAAGAUGGAAAUCUAGUUGAGUUAUUAUUGGAGCCAGUCAAAAGUAACGUCCAAUGUGAUAGUGUUUACCUGGGAGUUGUUACGAAACUUGUUCCUCAUAUGGGUGGUGCAUUUAUUAAUAUAGGGAGCUCCAGACCCUCUCUUAUGGACAUCAAGCAUUAUAAGGAGCCUUUUCUAUUUCCACUCUUUUCUUCUUCAAAGGAAAAAGAUGUAAGCAGCUCUCCACCAUGCGUGCCUGAGAAGAACUUAGAUAUCAGUCAGCUCAAACAAGCAUUCUUGGAAGAAGAUGAUGAACUCUCUGAUGAUGAUGUGGACGUUGAAUUUGAGGAUGAUGAGUUUGAGGAACAUGUCGAUGAUGACAUUGAUUCCAAAGAAGUUCGAAUGGCGAAUGUUACUGGGGUUAAUGGUGAUGGAACUAGAUCAGAUCUUGUGGGAUUUACAAAUCAGUUGGAAGGGAAUGGGAACCAUUUGAAAUUUCAGUCGAAUUCUCAUCUCUCUCAUGUGCAAAAACAUAAAAGCACCAACAUCCACAGUGCUGAAGAAAUGUGGGCUCUUGUCCGCAAAGGCACCAAGAUACUAGUGCAAGUAGUGAAAGAGGGAUUAGGUAAAAAAGGUCCCACAUUAACUGCUUAUCCAAAGCUUAGGAGUAGAUUUUGGGUAUUGAUCACUCGGAGCAAUAGUGUUGGAGUAUCAAAGAAAAUUUCUGGUGUUGAACGCACACGUUUGAGAGUCAUAGCAAAAUCUUUGAAGCCUUCUGGUUUUGGUGUGACCAUCAGAACUGUUGCUGUUGGUCAUUCUAUGGACGAACUGCGGAAAGACUUGGAAGGGUUGCUGUCAACCUGGAGAAAUAUCGUAGAACAUGCAAAAUCUGCUGCACUUGCAGCAGAUGAAGGUGUUGAAGGUGCUGUACCUGUCAUUCUACACCAGGCAAUGGGGCAGACGCUAUCUGUUGUCCAGGAUUAUUUUAAUGAGAAGGUUAAGAGAAUGGUAGUUGACUCCCCAAGGACUUACCACGAGGUGACUAAUUAUCUGCAGGAUAUUGCGCCGGAGCUCUGUGAUAGAGUUGAGCUACACAAGAAAAAAGUUCCCUUGUUCGACGAGUUCAAUAUUGAAGAAGAGAUCAAUAAUAUUCUCAAUAAAAGGGUUGCUCUUCCAAAUGGAGGCUCUUUGGUGAUUGAACAAACAGAAGCAUUAGUCUCUAUAGAUGUGAAUGGAGGACAUGGCAUGUUUGGUCAAGGGGCCUCACAAGAGAAAGCUAUUGUUGAUGUCAACCUAGCUGCUGCAAAACAAAUCGCAAGGGAAUUGCGUCUCAGGGAUAUUGGUGGCAUCAUUGUGGUAGAUUUUAUUGAUAUGAUGGAUGAUUCAAACAAAAGAUUAGUCUAUGAAGAAGUCAAGAAGGCAGUUGAGAGGGACCGCUCGUUGGUCAGGGUUGCUGAAUUGUCCAAACAUGGACUGAUGGAGAUCACAAGAAAGAGGGUGCGCCCCAGUGUGACGUUUAUGAUAAGUGAACCAUGUACCUGCUGCCAUGGGACAGGGAGAGUUGAAGCUCUAGAGACGUCCUUCUCAAAAAUUGAGCAUGAAAUUUGCCGCUUGCUAGCAACAAUGGACCAGAAGGCAGACCCUGAGGACCCCAGGUCCUGGCCCAGAUUGUUGCUGAGAGUUGACAGUUACAUGUGUGACUACUUGACCUCAGGGAAAAAGUCAAGGCUUGCCACUCUGAGUAGUUCUUUGAAAGUUUGGAUUCUUUUAAAGGUUGCGAGGAAUUUCACAAGGGGUGCAUUUGAAGUGAGAUUACUUGCCGAAGAGAAGGAAAAUCAUAAUCAGGAACCGGUUGGUGUGCCAACCAUAUCAUCAGAAGCUCAGACAUUGAUAGCCACCAAGAGAACCAAACUGUUUCCUGUGAAGAGAUGGAAGACGGGAAGAAAACUAUUGCCCUGAAAUUAAUCGAUUUUGUUUGUCCUUAAGAUCGAUCAUCAAAAAGAAAUGAUGCAGAAAGAAGAUUUUGUCAGUGGUGAACAGCUAUUGCAGGUGUGAUAAGUCAGACUGGAUGGGCAGGUUGGAGCUUCACGGAUAAGUCAGACUUCCAUGUCACUGUGAAAUGACAGAGAGAGAUCUGAGAAAUCCGUCGUUGCCAAACCAUGUAAAGUGGCUUGGAACUUCCGUCGUUGCAUUUGUUGGCUUUCUGGGUUAUGGAGCUUUAGCCACCAAUAUCAGAUUUGGAACUUCACGGAGAUCAGAACAGCCAUUUCUUCAAUUACUGUUGUAGGUCCUAGCAAGCUUGAUUGGUUAGAGAUAAAAAUAGUUAAACCAUGUAAAGUGGCAUGUAUAGGGUGGUUAGCUAUGAUUUGUGAUUUUAAAUGUAGAAUUUUUUCACGGACAAGAACAAGAGAAUUAGUGUUUCCGUUCCGAAAA